AAUAAAUGCGAAGGACAGUAGAAUAUAGAGGUGUGUCUAGACUGUACUUUAUUUGAUCUUAUUUUCUAGCGUUUUCGUUAUCGCAUUCAGAGGUAUCUCGAGUGGAGUGGAGUUAUGCAGCAUAAUCUGCAUAACUGCAUAUGACUCAGCGCCAAGCAUCCGCGACUUCGACCUCAACUUCGCUUCUCUCUCACUUGCGCCGAUAGACACGAUCAACUGCAAUCAUGGCCGGUCCAAGCAAGUCGUUGGUCCUUGACCCGGCCCUCCAGAAAUACUACGAACUCACCGUCAACCGCUACAAGUAUUUCCGCUGGACGCCGCGCCACGCCUGGUUCUCGUUCCUCUACAUGGCUGCCAUUCCCGGCGCUCUGGGCUACGUUGCCUACAACACCGAUGGCAAAUUUCACCUCCGCGGCAAGAGGAGGGAGGAUUCCAUUGCGGAGUUUUAAGUGAUAUCUCGAAAUAUACUGCAUUUCUUCCUUCUUCAACAUGCGAUUGUGCUGACGAUAACUUCGUUUCUGAUUGGACGCUGCCAAUCGAUAAGCAU